AAAGUGUUGUGGUGUUAUCUGGGGACGUAUCGGUGAUCCGUGGCUGGUGUAGAAAUACUUAGCUGUGUACGUAAAACUUUACAUUCUUCAACCUGCCGACUCUCCACGCAUUAUCUCUGUAUACAUACGUACAUAUAUACACGGCGACCUCCGGUCAUGGAAAUUCUUUUCUUUAAACACAAGAUUACAUUGCUACGCGUGAUUACUCUUUUGAGUGCCAUGGAAUAUACUAUUUGAAUUUAAUCACGGAAAAGGUUUUAUUUUACUCGGAAAAUGACGAGUGCCUAUAUUACACAACUAUUUCACUGAGGACGGGUAAGUUUUAAUCGCUCUCAGAGAGGCGGUCAAGUUGGUGUAACGCUGACACUUGAAGGUACACAUCGAUACAGUAGGGUACUCGUACCUUAGUCCUAAUAUUACUACAGGGUAUCUUUUCUGAUUUCUAUCAUUUGGACAGGAAGGAGUGCAGACUCAUAAAGGAACGAUAUCUUUAUGGAGUUCUAUAAGUGUAAUGACUAAAUAGGACCCACUCUACCUAAUUGCCACACGGACAGGAUUAUUAUACAUUAAUCACCGAGACCUGGACUGAUAUGAUAAUUAGUAUAUUUAGUAAGGCAAGUACAUUUAGUAUAUAAUUAUCAGAGACGUUAAUUACUGUACUGCAAUACGGAGGUGUAUGUUACAACGCCACACUAACAGCACAUGGCGAACACGGAUGCUGCAUGAUUACAAUAGCCAGGAAUGUUGGAUUGCCCAAAUUGCAUCCACGCUUCGUCACAUUACGUAUCCUACGAGAAAGCUUUACACUGGCGAGAACGUAAUAAGCACAAUGUCUUAUAGUCAUCCUAUUUGAUAGCAGACGUGCAGCUAACAGGGAGUCUGUGUGUGCGCCAGUAGCUGUAGGAAUCUCGGGCACGUAGUCCUCAGAGGUGGUACAAACGUCAACACGGAAAUGAUACUGGAAGACUGACAAGUGUCAUUGACGAAAGAUGUACUUUAGUGAUGUGUCAUUGCAAAGGCAUCUUUAAAUGUUUGUUUUUGGUUAUGAUAUGAUACGUUCAAAGAGGAAACUAUUCGUCAGACUGUUGAACAACGGACACGUCUCAAUACGUUAGUGCCUUUCUGAAACCCAGAUACGUGUCAACGAGGAAGUUAUUAACGGUAAGACAACUGUCAGCGGACAACUGGGUUUAGGUGAAACACGGAAGGACAUGUGUCAACUAACAACUAUCGAACGGAGAACCACGUAUCAAUAAGUGUUUAAUGAGAAGACAUACUGAAAGUGAAGUCUUUAAAAUUAAUAGCAAGCAGAUUACAUGACGUACUUUGAUGUUCUAGAUGGAUGCAGUCUGUCUUGAUUAACAAACAUUAAUUAACCAAAGUGUCAUCGGUGGAAACUAGGAAAUAGCCAUUCUGUUGUAAUUGGUAAAUAUGACAAACGUGUUAUCCCAACAGAAUUCUCUAUAUAGAUGUCGAUAUCUUAUCGAAAUCUGACUCGAAUUUUAACAAUGGUUUCUCUGAGCAGGAAUAGGUAAUAUCCCGAAGGAUUCGAGCCAUAUGUCGGUCAACAGUUCCAGUGGAAUUUAAAUUCAUAAACGUUAACCUUUGAUUGAUUGUUAUUGACAAAUAUUGAUCCAAAACCUGUGCAGCAGAAAAGUAAGUGCCGAGUAUCACCAUGAAAAAAUACUUUUGGCCAUCAGCUUCUUCUGUUGCCAUGGAUAACGGACGACAAAGGGCCCAUUCCGCGUCGUCAUUGAAGUCGCUGAGUUUGUAUGCCCCCGGACAGAAAUGGUCCAAUCGACAAGCCCGGAGUACCCCGGAACUCCGACUCUACAUGCAACAGUCUAUGUUAAGCGGCCUCAACACGACUGUCCCCCAAAGUCUGGUCCCACAAGACUUCAACUCAUGCCACAAACCCAGGAAAAAGUGUCGCCAUGACCGACAGUCGUGUCGAGGUUUCUGCCACGAAUGUUGUACCUUGAAGUUAUUCCUCGUCAUCCUUCAGUUACUUGUGGGGGCGACAAUUUCUGGGGCGGCAUUUUAUCUUUAUUUCUUUUCUACAAAAUCCUUGAAGAUCAGAGAAACUUCCUUCUGGGCAGGAAUUCCGUUGUUCCUGGCUGGUGUUCUGGGGAUAUAUCACUGUGCCAAUGACUACGAGAAUUACAUAGGCAGCACAAAACAUUUUAUACUCAAGGCCGCCUGCUUCUUGCUGUCUUUGGUCUGUAUAUUCAUUUGUCUGGUAGCCAGCACAUUUCCCGUCAUCCACAUCGCCAGGCUGUACACCUUCAAACAUUGUGAAAAUCAAGCCAAUGACUGCCUCUGCUACGAAUCACAUGACCAGUCGUCACGCCAAUUUACAUAUAAGGAGUUGGGGAAUUGUGACCUGUUAUUCUGUGUGAUAAAGAUCCUGUUGAUAGUUGAAAGCUCUGCAUGUAUUCUCGGUAGUAUUAUAUCUUUUUGGUACGUUAUACUUCUGUGGCGAUCCAAAUAUGGCGGGAUUUAUUCAGGGAUCCGUUAUUCGUCGACGUCAAACGGGCACGUGCAAAGAGGCGUGGUGUAACGAUACAUGAUAAUACUUAUAUGGAAAAGACAUUCCUUUAGAUACGCUGUGCAUUCUCAAUUUUCAUUAAUAUAUUUUUCGAGAAAGUAUACAUGUUUUGAAAUGUUCAUAUAUACACCAAUCACCAGUAUUAUCUGUACAAGGUACCCAUCACUAGAAAGUACUGUGUUUGGAUAUAGGUCAACCGGAAACGGAAACCGUUAUACCAUUACAAUGGAGAUGUUUCAUGUGGAUAGAAGAAAAAAAUAGAAUAUUGCAUGAUUAAAGACAUUCAAGAAUAGAGAAAUUCCCAAUAACACUUAAACUGUGUUCCUGAGUAUUUGGAAAAAGGAUAUUCCGAAUACCAGGACAAACAAACUGCAUCCAGAACUUGGAUAAUUAGAAUUCAAAUAUCUAGUGUAUCAUAAUACUCAGCCAUAGAUCGUAGAUUGAACCAUCUUGACUGGUCACAACACACCCUCGAAGAUGCUAUCCUCUGUGGUGUUAGUUCUGUGAUCGGCAGCCUGUAUUUGAUUGUCUAAUUACCAUGCGCACAUGUCUUAAAUUAUCUACGAUAUUAAUGCCCCACAUGUUCACUUACUAUAAUUUCUGUCUAUCGGUAACCAUAUUUUAAUGUUCAACAUUGUGCAAUAUGUAUAAUUAAAGUAACUUCUUAUCAA